AUGACAAAAUCACCAGUAGAUGUCACCUCGACAAAAACACCAGUAGACAACAAUCGCAUCGACAACAACAACGCAGUCACAGGUUGCCAUGACUACGCCCAAAAAGCCAUGUGUGGUACCUGCAGAGCGGGGGAGACCUGCGUGAGCAAUGAUGGCGUCACCUGGUGGUGUGAGAGAUCAGCCUGUUUUGCUCCGCCCAGAGGUGGUGUGUGGCGGAGCCUGAUACAGGUGGGUCUCAACAGGACGAACCUGGAGGCCGCUGGUCUAGACGCCACCACUGCUAACCUGGCCGACCCCCGGUGCAACGUUCACGAAGAGCGUGACGGCAUGACAAACGGAACUGACGCCAUCUUUUCCAACAGUUUAUUUGUCUACCACAUUCGCAAUGUAUCAUUCACCCGACCCGUGAGCGUGCCUUUCUCCUGUGCCUAUCCUCUGGAAUCAGAGACCAGCCUGGAUGUGGCCAUCAAACCCUACCUGUCGCUGAAGGAUGCCAAAGUCGGUAAGGGCUCCAAAGUGGGCUCCAACAUGACUCUGUACCGCAACGACAACUUCACAGAGGCUUACCCAGCGGGCGGAGUCACCUUGCCGGUGGGUUCCGUGCUGCACGUGGGUGUGUCCGUAGAGGAGUCCGAGACUGAGCGUUUUGUGGUCGUUCUGGAGGACUGCUAUGCCACGCAAUCCCCCGACCCUGAGGACAUCAUGCGAUACUACAUCAUUCAGAACAAAUGUCCGACUGAAUUCCGUCAGGUGAGGGUGGAGGAGAGCGGCUCGUCCCUCAGGGCUCGCUUCUCCGCUCUGCUGUUCCUGUACCAGGGGGACUACCGGGACGUCUUCCUGCACUGCAGACUCAGCCUGUGUGACCAGAGGAGUACCUCCUGCACUCCAGUGUGCGCCAAAAGGAAAUACCGCUCUGUCACCUCCUCCGUCCCCCUCGAACCACUCACCAUCGGACCAAUCACCUGUUAG